UCUCCAUCAUCCAAACCAUGAAAUUAAGAGCUCCACUACUUCUCCACCGCGCCAUAGACAAGCACCAACAAUAAUAACUUCUCUUACAUAAACAACUUUCAUCUAACACAAGACAAAAAAGCUUUUUUGCCAUGCCAGCGUUACUACAUGUUUCCAUCAAUUUCUCAUCAGCCCUGCACCCUCCCCACAGAUGCAAAUGCAACACUUCUUUCAAGUUCGAAUUACCACAACCCAGCAAUUAUUACCCCCACCCAACUCUAAAGAUUGAAUCUUUCCGCAAAGGCAGGUUCAAAUCUGAUGCGUUGGGGGAUAAUUUGCCAUUGCUAGGAGUGGGCAGGGGCAAAGAUGGAAUUUUGGUGAGUAAAGGGAGGAGGAAGAGGGCAGUCGCGGUGAAGUUCAAUAACGGCUUUAAUGGGCUUGGUGGAGGCGGCGGCGACGGCGGCGGCGGCGGUGGUGGUGGGAGAAUUAGCGGCGAGACAGCAAGGAUGUUGGGGAAUCUUGGUUUGGCAGUUUUACUGACUUAUCUUUCUAUGACUGGGCAGUUGGGCUGGCUUCUUGAUGCUAUUGUUUCCAUUUGGCUUCUUGCGGUGCUUGUACCGAUUGUGGGUAUCGGAGCUUUUCUAUGGUGGGCAGGCCGAGAUAUUGUCCAAAGCAAUUGCCCAAAUUGCGGAAAUGAAUUUCAAGUAUUCAAAUCAACAUUGAAUGACGAGCUGCAGUUAUGUCCGUUCUGUAGUCAGCCAUUUUCAGUGGAAGGCAAUGAAUUUGUUAGUGAUCCAGUGAUGUUUUCGAAUCAAUCCACAAAAUUUAAUCAAGCGUAUGGCGAUAUUCCUCGUAAAAACAAAGGAAAAGUUUCGAAGGGAUCUGUGGUGGAUAUCGAAGCAGAAAUAAGAGAUGCAGAGUAGUAGUUUUGUUGUAUGAUUGAGAAAAUCAACCUUGUAUGGAAUUAUAUCCAAUGAAAGCUAAUGGAAGAGGGAAGUUUGACAGACGAGAUGGAACUCCGUUUCCGGUCGUGAAAAGUAUGCCGUUCGAUAUUUCGUAGUAGAUUUGUGUAAAUCAUACUUACGAGUUACUAUAAUCAAAAUAGCCAAAUAUAUUAUAUUGCAAAAUGAAAUUCAUGAGCAGAAUCUA